AUGACCAUUAAAAUUUCUACCACAGAAGAGGUGGACCUCACCCUCCAUCUCCCUCGAAUCCUCUGUCUACACGGCGGGGGCACCAACGCCCGCAUCUUCCACAUGCAGUGUCGUGGCCUCGAACGCGCCCUCAAGUCUACUUUUCGCUUGGUCUACGCAGAAGCACCUUUUCCCGCCCAACCAGGCUCGGACGUAACUUCUGUCUACAAGGACCACGGCCCUUUCAAGGCCUGGUUGCGUUGCACAGCAGCGGAUCCAGAACGAUCUGCUCAGGACAUCACCGAACAGAUUAAUCUCUCCAUUGCGAAGGCCAUGUAUAGCGACAAUUUGCGCGGUGCCACGGGAGAGUGGGUGGCUCUUCUUGGUUUCAGUCAGGGGGCCAAAGUUGCUGCGAGCAUUUUAUACGCCCAACAGACACUCCAGCAGCAACUAGGGGAAAACGCCGCUAUCUGGCCCCAUUUUCGGUUCGCAGUAUUGAUGGCCGGGAGAGGGCCCUUGGUCUGGAUGUUGCCAAAUAUGAGCAAUAGUCCUACCUCUAUUCCCAUGGGACUGGUUGAUGCAAGUUGUCCGUCCAUGAUGAGCAGCGAGCCUGAGUUACCUAAAGAUAGAGAGCAUAUGCUUCGAAUACCAACGUUACAUGUUCAUGGAUUACGGGAUCCAGGAUUGGCAUUGCACCGGCGAUUAUAUCAUGGCUAUUGCCGGCAAGAUUCCGCAUCAUUGGUCGAAUGGGAAGGGGAGCAUCGUGUACCGAUCAAGUCCAAGGAUGUUAGAGCUGUGGUCGACCAGAUUUAUACAUGGGCGCGCGAGCUCAAGUCUAUCAAAUGA